UUUUUUCCCUGUAUUUUUUUAAGGUUAAUUUCACAUGAAACCUAGCAACUUAAAUUAAAUAUACAUACAUAUAAUUGGAUAGAUGUCGGAAGAGAGGGACAGACAUUUGGUUCCUACCGGCUGUUUUUACAAUUUGCGGGAUGUUGGACAGCACACAUACGUCUUGACUGUUUUGGCGUUUCAGACAUCGGAUACAAUUGCUUACAGGGUGUCAUGUGAGGAUGUCUUCACUAGUGGCCUAUGAGGAUUCUGAGUCUGAGGAUGAUUCUUUGGAUCAAAAGGAGGGAGGAGGAUCAGCUUCUGUCCAUACUGGGUCUUGCAAACAGGCAAAAGACAACCAAGAAGUCAGGGGAUGUAAUUUUUUUGAGGUAACACCCAGCCCUCACAACUACACAGCUGACCCUGACAGGACAAUGUUGAAAUAUCAUGAAAACGUCCCAGAAAGAAACAGUUCAUCACUACUGCCGCAGAGCUGCUUUGACAGGGAAAUGAAAUAUUGUAGUAGUGGUGCAGCUCAAGAUAAACAUUUUAGAGAAACUGCCGCUCCUCUGUGUUUACCUGGUACUCAGGGGAAGCUCUCAGAACUGCAGACUCCUCCUCACAUGGCACAAAGCUUCGGCGAUGGGUCGAACACAACAAAAAGACCUCACACUGUCCCAUCUGGUGUCAGACCAUACAUUCCGAAGAGACAGAGACUUGUCACUUCAGUAGAAAAAGCGGGCACAAAGUAUCCAACAGAGCAAGUCCCAGGGAGUCAGACCAGGGACAGCCAAAUUCUCUUAGACGUGUCGACGAAAGUGAAGCCAUAUCUUGCUCACAAGCCUGGAGCUGCAGGGAUACCGAGGAGGCUUCUAAUGAGUCUGGGAGGCCACCAGGGCCCGGUAAACACAGUGCAAUGGUGUCCAGUACCUCAUCUCAGUCAUCUGCUGCUGUCUGCCUCCAUGGACAAGACUUUCAAGGUGUGGGAUGGAGCAGAGAGCGGACAAUGCCUGAGGGUUUACACCUGCCAUUCAGGAGCUGUGCGAGAUGCCUGUUGGACCCCCUGCGGGCGAUGCCUCCUCACUGGCUCAUUUGACAACACUGCUGUGAUCACAGACGUAGAGACAGGGCAGCAGGUAGUGAAAUUGGACAACCAGUUCAAGGUGAUGUGUGUGGCCCUGCAUCCCAGCAACCCAGAGAUAUUCCUGACUGGAGGUUAUGGUUCAGUGGUUAAGGCCUGGGACUCUCGCACCUGCAAGGUGGUGAAAGUGUACAAAGCAGGAAUCCAGCAGACCUUGGACAUUCUGUUUCUGAGAGGUGGUGUGGACUUCAUAACAAGCUCAGACUGUGUGAGCAGAGACUCUGCGGACCGCACUCUCAUUGCCUGGGACUACCAGACCACAGCCAAGGUCUCCAACCAGAUCUACCAUGAGCGGUACACAUGUCCCAGCCUGGCUCUUCAUCCGCUGGAGGAGUCCUUCAUUGCCCAGACAAAUGGGAACUACGUUGCGGUGUUCUCCUCCCAGCAGCCCUAUAGGAUGAACAAGAGACGGCGAUAUGAAGGACACAAGGUGGAGGGAUACGCGGUGCAGUGCGAGUUCUCUCAGGAUGGAACUAUUCUGGCCUCCGGGAGCUCCACCGGCUCCGCUCACUUCUAUGACUACCAAAACGCUCGUAUGCUGCACACUCUCCGUGCCCACAGCCAGCCCUGCCUGUGUGUAUCUCAGCAUCCUGUCCUGCCUGCAACUGCGGCCACUUGCGACUGGGCUGGCGAGAUCAAGGUCUGGCACUGAGAACUCACAAAGUAAAAACGGACUUAAAAAGUUAUAAGAAGUAGCAGGUUGGCCAAGAGAAUGAAAUGGAAGACUGUAUUAAACUGAAAACUCAUGGGUACAUCCA